AACAACAUACUUCACCAAAAUUUAGGUUGAGCAUUUCCUUCCUUCAUCGGCCUUUAGAACGCAGCAGACUCUGCCCUCCUUGGAAAAAUGGCUAUACUUAUGCCUCGGAUCAUUCAAGCAAAACAGAUUCUCCGACGAUCGCUGUCAAAUGGAAGCAGCAAUACAUACAUGGCCGUCCCUAAAGGUCAUUUUGCUGUUUAUGUUGGUGAACAAGAGAAGAAGAGAUUUGUGGUUCCAGUAUCAUUGUUAAGCCAACCUGCAUUUCAAGAAUUAUUAUAUCGGGCAGAGGAAGAAUUUGGGUACAACCAUCCGAUGGGUGGCCUCACCGUUCCUUGCAGCGAAGACAUAUUCACCGAUCUGGCUUCUCGUUUGGGGGCAUUAUGACUUGUACCUAGCAGUUUUAAAUUUCUACCUCGGUUUUUUGUAAAGAACUAACCACUAGGAAUUUUUGGAGUUUGUAAGACUUGUGGAGACAUUUCUCCCAGAUUUAUGAAAUUUGAUUUUGGAAUUAU